AUGAGGAAACAUUGCAGCCCUGGUCCCGCUGAUAUUGUCUUUGUUGUGGACACAUCUUCUAGCUUAGAAAACAAAACAAACAAGUGCUUGGAGUAUAUGGGUACAAUUUUAGAUCGACUGCCUCUGGGUAAUGAUGGAUUUCAAGUGGCGGUUAUUUCGUACGAUUUCGAACCAAAGGAACUUAUCAAGCUUAAGCAAUAUAAAAAUGCAGAGGAUAUUAAAAAUGUUGUUACAGGAAUCAACUCUAAAACACAAGGCGCCACGUACACAGAAAAUGCCCUGAGGAAAAGUGUUGAAAUACUCACUGAUGAAAAUUCAACACAGAAAGCACACAAAAUUAUCGUUAUCAUAUCAGAUGGGCUAUCAACCGAUAGAGAUGCAGCCAUUAAAGCAGCAGAACGAUUCCGGAUGUGGCCAUAUCACGUGAUAAUCACAAUAGGAAUAGGUGAAGCAAUUGACCAUUUUGAGCUACUCCAAUUAGCUUCAAAGGAUCAGAAGAACAUCUAUGGACCAUUAGUAUUCUCUUCAUCUAAUGAUGAAGCAAUUAAUAUGAUUCUAAGAGAGGCAAUGCAUAAAGACUGUACAAAUUGUAGCAUCUCUAACAAUACUGACGUUAUAAUUAUACAAGACAAUAAUUUCUCCGGAGUUGAUUUCAAGAACUCGCUGAGUGUUGCAUCAGAAAUAGCCCUUAAAUAUUUUUUGACAAAAAAGGAUGUCCGAGUCGGUCGAAUAUCUUUCGAUAUAGACGACUUUGCAUAUUACAGCCAUGACGAACAAUUUCUGGUAAGCUUGCAGAAACUUAAUCCUGGGAAGAAAUCAGAAUCUAAUAUAGAGAGUUUACUGUCGGAAGCAGCUGUUCAACUUCUUUCAUCUGGUGUUUCAUCUGGUGUGUCAUCUGGUGCCAAAAGACACAAGGUUAUUGUGAUCAUCACAGAUGGCCACUGGUCAAAAGUGAGUAGAGUUGAGGAUAAAAUCGGAGAUCUAAGCCGACAGAACAUUACAACGAUGAUUGUGGCAGUAACAAAGGAUUCUAAUUUCACCACCUUAUACAGAGUAGUGCAAGAUCCUUUCUAUGUUUUUUACAUCAAUGAGAAGAAAAGAUGGAAUAUCAUAGAUAUCAUUGUAUCCCAAAGUUUUAGCGUUAAUUGUGAAUUAUAAGAUUUACUUACUUUUUUCUCGGAAAGUCCACUGAAUUUGUAG